AUGGCUUUCAAACCGUCACAGGAAAAUUUAUUAAGAAUAGCAGCAUUAUGGGACGCUGGAAACACAUUAGAAGAAAUUGCCGCGCAAGUGCAGUGCAGCGAAAGAACUGCUAGAAGAUGGGUACAAAAAUUUGAAAUCGGUGAAGCAGAUUUAUUUCAAGACCAACGAUGUUUCAACAUGCGCCAAAUAUGCACGACUGCGGCUGAAGAUGAAGCGAUAAUUCAGCAAAUAAGAGCAAACCCUUUUCAGCCUGCAAACAAAAUACCCGAAACACUUGGGUUAAACAUAUCAGGCCGGGUAGCUCAAAGGCGGCUUCGUGCGGCGGGAAUAAAAUGCCGUAAAGCUGCAAAGAAACUCCUUCUGACACCAAGACAUCGGACGCAACGAAUAAAUUUUGCAAUCGAUAAAGAUGGUCGGUAUCGCGUCUGGAGAACAGACAAUACCAGAUACGAGCCAAACAAUAUUUUGCCUUCGACAUCAAGUGGACACGUCACGGCAGCAUUCUGGGCAUGGAUGUCAGCUGACGGUCCAGGAGACUUAGUGGAAGUGGGAAGAAACUUCAUGCUGAGCAGUACGUAG